AUGUCUGAAAUAGCUCUGAGAGUCAGCAGUGUGGACUUCCAGAAAGGAAUCAAUGAGGAGCUACACCGCACGUCUGACUAUUUGACCCCGGUUCUGACAGUCCGGAGAGGGCAGGGCUUUAAGAUCAACCUGAGCCUGACCCGAGAUUACAGCCCCAAGGACGAGGUGCUUAUUCAGCUCAGCCUGGGUGACAACCCCCUGCAGUGUGAAGCUGAACUGAGGACAGCUCCUGAUGCCAUUGUGGGAAGGUAUUCCCUCAGCGUGAAGAUUGGAGAUGAUUACACGUAUACGCCUGAGGACAGUCAUUUUUGCCUGCUGUUCAACCCCUGGUGUGAAGAUGAUGAUGUGUACCUGCCUGAUGAGGACGCUUGUCAGGAGUAUGUGCUUAAUGACACAGGAUACAUCUAUGUGGGGAAUGUCAAUGACAUCGCAGGAAGGCCAUGGAACUUUGGUCAGUUUGAGGAGGGGGUGCUGGAGAUCUGCAUGGACCUGCUGGACAGAAGAGGUCUGAGGCAGACAGCCAGGCGUGACCCUGUGAGGGUGGCCAGGGUCAUGUCCGCACUGGUGAAUGCUAACGAUGACCGAGGUGUCCUGGUGGGAAACUGGUCUGGGACUUACCCUCAGGGGACGUCCCCAAUGGAAUGGACAGGCAGCUCGGCCAUCCUGCAGCGGUACGGGAAGUCCCAGGUUCCUGUGAGAUACGGGCAGUGUUGGGUGUUCUCUGGAGUGCUCACCACAGUGAUGAGGUGUCUGGGGAUCCCGGCCAGGAGUGUGACCAACUUCAGCUCCGCCCACGACACAGAGGGGAACCUGACCAUCGAUGUCUACGUCAACCAGCGCGGGGAGCAGCUAAACGACAUCACCACCGACUCCAUCUGGAACUUUCAUGUUUGGAACGAGGUGUGGAUGAAGCGUCCAGACCUGCCACAGGGUUACAAUGGCUGGCAGGCCAUAGACUCGACUCCUCAGGAGAAGAGUGAAGGUAUGUUUCAGUGUGGGCCUUCUCCUCUCAAAGCCAUAAAGCAUGGUGAAGUUCACAUACCCCAUGACACCAAGUUCCUGUUUGCGGAAGUGAAUGCAGACCAGGUAAUCUGGAGGAUGGAGGAUCCUGGCUCAGGCCGGAAGAAGGUUACUAAGGUGUCAGAGAACCAGAGGGCAGUGGGGAAGAAAAUCAGCACCAAGGCGCUGGGGAAGGACCGCAGACAGGAUAUCACGCUGGAGUAUAAGUUCCCAGAAGGCAGCCCUGAAGAGAGGAAGGUGAUGGAGAAAGCCUAUGCCACAUCCUCUCCAGGGAUUCCCAUUGAGGUGCCUCAGUAUGUGCAGCUGGACUUUCAGUCGGCCAGCUUGGUUCAUCUGGGGUCUCCCAUCAGCCUCAGCAUCUGCCUCAAAAGCCUUUUCCAUCAGCCGCUCACCCUCGUCGUCACGGCAGCCGCCCAACUCCAGGCCUACAACGGCAAGGCUGUCGCCACAGUCAAGGCCCUGAAGCAGGAAGUGACCAUCCAGGCACAGACAAGCACCUCAGUUCCAAUGGAGAUACCAGCGGCUGAAUACCUGCCGCUGCUGUCAAAGGUGAAUGAUGACCUGCACCUGCGGGUCACCGUCAUGGCGGAGAGCUCUGAUCCCCACUUUGUCAGCACCAACGACACUGUCAUCGCCUUUGAGUUCCCUCCGAUCACAGUGGAUCUGCCAGCCACCGCCAAGAUGGGCGAACCCUUCAGUGGCAGGUUCACCUUUAAGAAUACCACAGGAGUCGCCAUGGAGAACUGCAAAUUGCUGGUUGAGGGCUUGGGCCUCUUCAAACUGGCAACAUUUUAUCAUGGGACUGUGCCAAUUGGACGGAUCUUCCGGUCAGAGAUAGUCUGCACCCCGUACCGAAACGGCAGGCGAAAGAUCAUUGCCAAGAUCACCUCUGACCAGAUCAGCGGGAUCACAGCAGAGGGAGUGGUCGAUAUUGAUUAA